AUGCUGUUGCGGGCCGUCCUCCUGCUGGGCAGGCGCAGCGGCGGCGGCGGCGGCGGCAGCGGCGGCAGGCGCCUGCUAUCCACAGCCUCACAGGAGGAAGAGCUGGGCAGCAUUCCGCUCAGCUUCCCGGCUGUCUGCAUAUGGGGCUCCAACACCGGCGUGGGCAAGACGCUGUUCAGCGCCGGGCUGGCCGCCGCUGGCCGGCGAGACGGGCUUCCUGUGCUGUACCUGAAGCCAGCGCAGACCGGCUUCCCGGCGGACUCGGAUGCCCGCCUGGUGGCCGCCGCCGCCGACCUGCCGCUGGUGGCGGGGCCGCACGCUGCCCAGCUGGACAGCCAGCUGCAGGCUGUGGCUGGGCCUGGCGGCGGCGCCCAGAGCAUGGGCACCCUUGCCAAGACUCUCUACGCCUGGGGCCAGCCCAUCAGCCCACACCUGGCUGUGGAGACGGAGGGGCGCCCCAUCAGCGACCGCCAGGUGGCGGCUGACGUGGCGGCAGAGCUCCGCGCCUUUGCGGCCGCAGGCAGCAGCAGCGUCAGGGCCGGAGGCGCCGUGAAGCUGGCCAUAUGCGACCUGCUGCGCGCGCUGCGCCUGCCGGGCGUGCUGGUGGGCGACGGCCGGCUGGGCGGCAUCUCUGCCACGCUGUCGGCAUAUGACAGCCUGGCGCUGCGGGGCCACCAGGUGCCGCUGGUUGUGCUUAUGGACGAUGGGCGGCUGGACAAUGCCAGGGCGAUACAGCGGCACCUUGGCAGCAAGGCCUCUGUGCUGGCCUUCCCCGUCUGCCAGCCUCCCCCAGCGGCCUCCAGCAGCCAGCAGGCAGCAGCGGCAUCCGGCGGAGUCGAUGCCGAGCUGGCGGCCUGGCUGUCCACCAGCCGGCCUCAGUUUGACGCGCUGCUGGCCGCGGCGGGCGACGCGCACCAGCGGCGCCUGGACGGCCUGCAUUCGGCAGCGGGCGACGCGAGGAGCAUGCUGUGGUGGCCCUUCACGCAGCACACCAGCGUGUCUGGCGUGACCGUCAUCGACGGCCGGGUUGGCGAGAGCUUCUCUGUGUUCACCCCUGCGCCAGCGGCAGAGCCGGGGGCGGAAGCAGGGGAGGCAGCGGCUGCGCACAGCGGGGCUGCCGGCAGCGGCAGCCUGGAGCUCCUGUACGACUCCUGCGCCAGCUGGUGGACGCAAGGGGUCAGCCAGCAGGCGCAGCCGGAGCUGGUGCGUGCCGUGAGCGCGGCGGCGGCGCGGUACGGGCACGUCAUGUUCCCUGAGAAUGCUCACGAGCCGGCGGUUGAGCUGGCCAGGCAGAUGCUGGGCAGCGUGGGCGGCGGCUGGGCCACCCGCGUCUUCUACUCCGACAAUGGCUCCACAGCCAUCGAGGUGGCGCUCAAGAUGGCCUUCAGAAAGUACAUGGUCGACCGCGGGCUGCUGGUGGCUUCUGGCUCGGAGGGCGGCGAGGCGGAUGGCGGCACGGCGGUGGUGGCAGCUGCGGAGGAGGAGGAGGCGGGGCCUCCUGAUGUGGAGCUGCAGGUGGUGGGCCUGCGGGAGGCAUACCACGGCGACACGCUGGGCGCCAUGGAGGCUGUGGCCCCCUCUCCCUUCAACGGCCGCCUGCAGACGCCCUGGUACUCUGGGCGAGGCCUGUUUCUGGACCCGCCGACAGCAGCCCUGGUGCGGGGCGUGUGGCGCGUGCAGCUGCCGGCAGGCAUGCGCGAGGCGGCGGGCGCGGCGGAGCGGCAGCAGUGGCAGACGGAGUUUGGCAGCCAGGCAGGCGUGUUUGACCUGGAGCGGCGCAUGGGCGAUCCGGGGCGGUACGCCCCGCUGUACGCCGCGUACCGCCGCCACAUCGAGCAGCAGCUGCACGCCGACCGCGAUGCCGGCCCGGGCGCUGGGAGCAGGCAGACGGCGGCAGCUCAGCAGCAGGAGCAGGAGCAGGAGGAGCGGGGCGGGAGCAGCUGGCAGGCGGGGCGGGCGCGGCAGCUGGGGGCGUGCAUCCUGGAGCCUGUGCUGCAGGGGGCAGGCGGCAUGCGCCUGAUCGACCCUCUGUUCCAGCGAGCCCUGGUGGACUCGCCUGCCAGCUGCUGGCAGGACUGCCUAGCCCUGGCUGCGGCGCUGGGCCCAUGCCCGCAGCGCCGCAUCCCUGUCAUCUAUGACGAGGUGUUCACCGGCUUCUGGCGUCUGGGCUCCCUCAGCGGCGCCGCGCUGCUGGGCGCCCCGCCCGACAUCGCCUGCUACGCCAAGCUGCUGACGGGCGGGCUGGUGCCGCUGGCAGCCACGCUGGCCACCCGCGAAGUAUUUGCUGCGUUUGAGGGCGACCGCAAGGUGCAGGCAUUGCUGCACGGCCACUCCUACACCGCGCACCCCGUUGGCUGUGCGGCGGGCGUGGCGUCACUGCAGCUGUAUCGGGACCCCUCCCUGAACCCCAACUGGUGCACGCCAGGCGCCCCUGGGCGCUGCCAGAACCAGGAAGAGGGCGGCGGCGGCGGCUGCCAGGGCCCCUGUGGCCGCAUGCUGCCGCUGUGGGACGAAGCGGCGGUGGCGGCGCUGAGCUCGCACCCGGGGGUGGCGGCCGUCGUGCCGCUGGGCACGGUGCUGGCAGUGCAGCUGCAGGCCGAGGACGGCGGCGGGUAUGCCUCCGGCGCGGCGGCGGCGGUGGUGGCGCGGCUGCGGCGGCGGGGUGUGUACGGGCGGCCGCUGGGGGAUGUGGUGUACCUGAUGGUGACGCCCAUGACGGAGCGGCGGCAGUGCGACGCCCUGCUGGCAAAGCUGGCGGCGGCGCUGGGCUGA